AUGGCACCCGGAUCCAGCCAAAAGGGAACAAGCAAGAAGAACGCCGCAAUGCAGAAACAAAGCCGAAAUUCAACCCCCGCGCCGGCCGCGACAUCAUCACUGCCACCACCGGAAUUCUAUGACCCCGACUACCUCAACACCCGUGUCAUCUUGUUCGCAAACCUCAACUACGAUGACUUGGUUGACCACGGCGCCUCUAACGCCACCGUUCCCGACUCCAAAACGGUCGACGCCAUGCUCGAGAAGCUCAAGAGCCUCACUAACAUAAUGGAGAAGCGGUCCACUUUUUACGAUCGCGGCAUGCGACAUCUAGCAGACGAGCGCAAGAACCGCCCGGAUGACUUUGGUCGCAUGCAUGUUGAUGGAGAGAAUGAGGGCAAGAAAUCGAAGCAUAAGCGCAAGAAGGGCGACGGUCAUGAUGGUGAUCAAUCAUCCCCAAUCCGGGCCUCGAAGCAAAAGCAAGACCGAGACGGUUUCGGCAGUUCGUCUCUGUCGCCUAAUGCCGCUGGCUCCCCGUCUGCUAUGGACGUCGACAAGAAAACUAAGAAAGAAAAGGAUGGAGAGGCCGAAAAUGAAAACGAAUCUAGUUCAGAGGAUGAGGGCGCGCCACCUAAGCGAGAAAUGCCCGCUGCGCAGACAUUUGGCGAAGAUCCUUCCACAUUCCCCGACCCGACCAUAUAUGAGAUUCGCGAAGUCUACCCUGGCAUGCCAGAGUCUCUGCGAAAGGAAAUAUAUUCGGUUGCUGUUUAUCCACCAAGUGACCUCGCAGAUCUAAUUGCUGGCGAUCCUCCGGACAAAGACUUCAGCAACGCGAAACCUAGCAGUCAAAUCAACUUUACGACUUUCAACAGCUAUGUCGAGCCUUUCUUCAGACCAUUUUCGGAGGAGGACCUCGCUUUCUUAAGAGAGCGCGGUGAUCGAGCCUCGCCAUUUGUUAUGCCCAAACGAGGCAAAAGACACUACACUGAGAUCUGGGCAGAAGAUGACGGCACCAUGUCUGUGGAUGCGCCUCAGCAAGGACGCGACAAACUCUCGCCAAACACGCCUCGUGGUACCAUUGAAAAUAUGAAUGACGCUGUAGGCGAGACGGAUGGGCUCUCCAUCGGGCCGCUUGCAUCCCGCCUGCUACAGGCUCUGCGCCCGUUAAAUCGCCAAACUGUGCCCGAGGAAAAGGCUGCUACUAACGGAUUGAAUGGCGACGUGAGCAUGAAUGGCGACGCGGACGAUGCUGCACCUCCGAGCGACGAUAAGGCUUUACCUCCAGCUACAUACAUGACUGAAUCGUCGACGGACGCGUGGAAAAAGGCUACUCAUCCUAAAAUGGACUAUGCGCAGGUUGACGAGCGGCUAAAGCAAGAACUCAGACACAUUGGCUUUCUGCCUCCGGAAGGGGAUGCCGAUUACGACGGUCACUUUGACGACGAGGUUGCGGGCCGGCUUCGAGUGCUGCAGACCCGUCUCAAGGAGCAGAUGCUCAUCAACGGCGCUCGCAAAGCACGACUCACCGAGCUCGUGCGCGAGCGCAUGGCUCAUCAGGAAUACCAGACGAUUUUGGAGGAUUUGGACUCUCAAGUGCAGGCCGCCUAUCUCAAGAGAACUCGUACCAUGGGCAAGAGCAAAAAGGCGAAGCGGCCUGGCGGCGCAGGCGGUGGCAGUCAUGCGGCCGGUGCCGCUGCGGGUAUGGCCCGCCCGGGCAUUGGCGAUCUCACCAAGACACUGAUGGAGCGCCGGCGACGCUGGAUCGACACUAUUGGGUCAGUCUUUGAAGAUGAGAGCUUGCGAAAGGUGCCUCGCGUGGAGGAUGAAGGCAGCUCCAUCUUCAAGUCGGCUGAGAUGGCAGACCUCAUGAAGAAGGAAAAAGAACAAUGGGAUGAGGAAGCCGAGGAGGAGUAG